AGGGUGACAAGUAACAUUGGUGUAGCACACAGUAUUAUUGUUCCUGAUAUAUACAAAAGCUAUACUCGGAGCAAGAUGGCAAGCUGCGAGAGGUGUAAAAACCAGCUAAAUGCUUCAACAACUUCAACAACAGAGUCUGAUUGCAGUGUAUUUAGCAAAUCGUGUUCCCAUGUGCCUAAGAAAUUCUCGCUUGGAAACCUGCUCGCUCAUUUAAAUUCAUCAGGGAAAACUGUUAGUGUUGAAAGGCCUGAUCAAAAGGGAUUCAAAUUUUUUAUGGAAGGCUACAUUCACAAAGUUUGUGCCAAAACUCGAUCAUCUUAA